GCAAAACAAGCGAGUUACUUACAACCAAACAGAAGGGUAGAAACCACCUGAAGCCAUGUGCAUUGCUGCAUGGAUUUGGCAGGCUCACCCUGUGCACCAACUCCUCCUGCUUCUCAACAGAGAUGAGUUCCACAGCAGGCCUACAAAAGCAGUAGGAUGGUGGGGUGAAGGCUCAAAGAAGAUCCUUGGUGGCAGGGAUGUGCUUGGUGGAGGAACAUGGAUGGGGUGCACCAAGGAUGGAAGGCUUGCCUUCCUGACCAAUGUGCUUGAACCAGAUGCCAUGCCCGGUGCACGGACUAGGGGAGAUCUGCCUCUCAAAUUCCUGCAGAGCAACAAGAGCCCACUCGAAGUUGCAACUGAAGUGGCAGAAGAAGCUGAUGAAUACAAUGGCUUCAACCUCAUACUAGCUGAUCUAACAACAAAUAUCAUGGUUUAUGUGUCAAACCGGCCUAAGGGUCAGCCUGCAACAAUUCAACUCGUGUCACCAGGACUCCAUGUGCUGUCCAAUGCAAGGCUAGAUAGCCCUUGGCAGAAGGCAAUUCUCCUCGGUAAAAACUUCAGGGAGCUUCUUAGGGAGCAUGGUGCUGAUGAGGUUGAAGUGAAGGAUAUAGUUGAGAGGCUAAUGACUGACACCACAAAGGCUGACAAAGAUAGACUGCCAAACACUGGUUGUGAUCCCAACUGGGAGCAUGGUCUGAGCUCCAUCUUCAUUGAGGUGCAAACUGACCAAGGGCCCUAUGGGACACGGAGCACAGCCGUUUUAUCAGUGAACUAUGAUGGCGAAGCUAGCUUGUACGAGAAGUAUCUUGAGAGUGGUAUAUGGAAGGAUCACACAGUGAGUUACCAGAUAGAGUAGUAGGCAUUGCACAGGAAAAGUUGGCGACCUCAAAUAAAUAGAAAUAUGAAGCAGACACAAUUGUGAAUUUCAUUAUUUCCCUGAUCUCUAGUCAUCUUCGUGAUUAUCUAAGAUCCUACCAUAAUGCCAAUUACAUUAUUCACUGUAAGCAGAUUUUUCACUUGACGAUAAAAUGUCAACCAAAACUUUGGUUUUCUUCGUCAUCUUUACUCGAGAAAUCUUAGCAAGGUAUUGUAUGUUG